AUAGAGGGUGUGCCAUCUCAGCAGACAUACCUGCCUACCUCUACAUCCAUCUCAUAUCUCUUAACAGGCACCACGGCUUCUCCUUCCAUAUAUUAUGGAUAAUACGGUCAAAGACGCCGGUGACAGGUGCUUCUGUGUGUUAGGCUGAAAUACUUACUGUGCCUUUGGUUGUGGCUGUACAUGGAGCUGCCAAUACACACCCAAAUUGAAGUUAUACCAUGCAAAAUCUGCGGAGACAAAUCUUCAGGUAUCCACUACGGAGUCAUCACGUGUGAGGGAUGUAAGGGUUUCUUCAGACGGAGUCAGCAGAACAAUGCCUCCUACUCCUGCCCCCGCCAGAGGAACUGCCUCAUCGACAGAACAAACCGCAACCGCUGCCAACACUGCCGCCUGCAGAAAUGUCUCGCCCUAGGAAUGUCCAGAGAUGCUGUGAAGUUUGGCCGCAUGUCCAAGAAGCAACGCGACAGCCUGUACGCAGAGGUCCAGAAGCACCAGGCGCGGCUGCAGGAGCAGCGGCAGCAGCAGACCGGCGAAGCAGAAGCUCUGGCACGGGUUUACUCGUCCAGUUUAACCAACGGACUGUCCACCCUUAACCAUGAGAUUGGGGGCACCUAUGCCAAUGGUCACGUCAUUGAGCUGCCCAAGGGUGGCCAUGGUAAUGGAGGCGGAGUCCCAGGGGGAUACUAUGGGAUGGAUUCCACCCAGCCGUCUCCAGACCAAUCGGGUUUGGACAUGUCGGGCAUGAAGCACAUUAAGCAGGAGCCGGUGUAUGACCUGACGCCAGUGCCCAACCUGUUCAGCUACGGAGGCUACCAGGACAGUCAGCUGGGACCCAAUAACGUCAGCAUGGGAGAGCUGGACCGUAUCGCUCAGAAUAUCAUCAAGUCCCACCUGGAGACAUGUCAGUACACGACAGAGGAGCUGCAGCAGCUAGCCUGGCAGACACACUCCUAUGAAGAGGUCAAGAUGUACCAGAGCAAGCCCCGCGAUGUGCUGUGGCAGCAGUGUGCCAUCCAGAUCACCCAUGCCAUCCAGUACGUGGUGGAGUUCGCCAAGCGCAUCUCAGGGUUCAUGGAACUGUGCCAGAAUGACCAGAUCCUCCUGCUCAAGUCAGGUUGUUUGGAGGUCGUCUUGGUGCGGAUGUGCAGGGCGUUCAACCCUCUCAACAACACAGUGCUUUUUGAAGGGAAGUACGGAGGCAUGCAGAUGUUCAAAGCUCUAGGUUGUGAUGACUUAGUGAGUGCGGUGUUUGACUUUGCCAAGAGUUUGUGUUCACUGCAGCUGACGGAGGAGGAGAUCGCUCUGUUCUCAGCAGCUGUACUAAUUUCCACAGAUCGGCCGUGGCUGAUGGAGCCUCGGAAAGUCCAGAAGCUCCAGGAGAAAAUCUACUUUGCUCUGCAGCACAUAAUGCAGAAGAACCACAUGGAUGAAGAUGCGCUGGCUAAGCUUAUCAGCCGAAUCCCGACGUUGUCGGCCCUGUGCACGCUCCACACUGAGGAGCUCCAGGCCUUCCAGCAGCUCCACCCGGAAACAGUCAACGUCCUCUUCCCUCCGCUCUACAAAGAACUCUUCAACCCCGACCCCAACUCUGCCAUGGCCAUGCCCAAGUGACUGCCCGUGGUCUCAGCGCGACAAACGGCGUCAGUGGAGGAACAAGAAAAUAAGACGACGGCCACGUCUGACGAGGCGACAGCGGCUGUGUCAACUGCGUCAUCGGCGUGGCGGUCACAUAUUCCAGAGCUCCCCCAGCCUCAUUUCAGGCUGGAGGGUGAGGAGUCAUCUGCCAGACACUUACAGUUACCGCCAACAAUACUAGGAAUGUCCAGCACUUAUUCCACCCCGUUCACCGAUACAGUCUGAAGAAUGUAUAUAUAAAUGAAACGCGCCCCAAGCCACAACCGAAGCGGGGCUUCCUCCUGUCUCCUGAACUGACUGACCAGAAAUGUACAGA